CGUCGAGAGAAGGAUUCUAGGGUUGUCUAUCAUCCACUGCAACAUAAGCGAUGGCGGCGAGAAAUGCUCUUCUUCGAUACCUCCGAGUCAACGUCAAUCCAUCACUUGUAAACCCUACAACAAUCUGCGCUCGAGAAUCAGCACUCCCUUUCACCGUACUUCUUCGGCGUUUCUCAGAGGAAGUGAGAGGAUCGUUUCUCGACAAAUCUGACGUCACAGAUCGCGUAAUCACUGUCGUCAAGAACUUCCAAAGAGUCGAUCCCUCAAAGGUAACACCAAAAGCCCAUUUCCUUAACGAUCUCGGGUUAGACAGUUUGGACAGUGUGGAAAUUGUGAUGGCAUUGGAGGAAGAAUUUAAAUUUGAGAUCCCUGAUAAUGAAGCUGACAAGAUCCUGUCCGUCAAUCAAGCGGUUGAUUUUAUCGCCUCUCAUCCUCAGGCUACUUAAAAGGGAAACGAAUUCUUCAGUGUAAUGCAUCAUGCAUUCUGUGUCCACAGAUUUGGUUUAGCCCAAUAAGAAGACCAGAAACAAACAUAUUUUUUUGGAUCUACUUUUGUUUCAUAAGUAUUAGAUGUGUUCUUUGCAUGAGUUUACGAGGUCUUUCUUGAAACUUUGUUGUUCUUGACUAUCGUUUGAUUAAUAAAUGCAUCAGACACUCGUUGCAUUUGAGGAU